AUGAUCGGUCGUUUGGCGCGCUAUGCGACGGAUGCGAUGAUGGUCUCGACCGUCCUUGCUGGCAUCAAGCAUGCUACCGGUCUGUCUCCCGAUCUUGAGCGCAUUUCCGAGCCAAGCAUUCGGAGCGGUGUGCAGCAGUACCUGAACGCGGGCGACUACGUGUUUGGCGCCGCCGUGUCGUUCGCCCAGAACAGCAACUACUUCCGCGCAUACGCGUCGUCGGGACAUGUGUCGCUCUUUGGCGAGGACGGAAACCAUUUGCGCCAGUUCCCCUCGCCGCCCAAGUCGGGCAACUGGUAA